CUUUCCACGAAUAUCUCUUAAACAUUGAGCUGAACUGUCAUGAACAUCUAGCUUGAAUUUUAAUAUCAUCUGCAGGACCUGAACUCAAGAAGAUGGCAAAUCGUUUUGGCCAUAGGGAUGACAUUUAUUACAGUGAAAGUGAAAGCAACUCCAAGAGAACCAACAGCAUGUCCAGGCCAAGUGGAAAGUCCAUAUACCAUCAGAGGAAGAGUUACACUGAAGCUGUGAUAAAGCAACAACAUGAAUGCCAACACCGGGUGGAGCACCUUCUCACUAGUUACCUUGAUGGCAAAAACAUCAGGAGUGCAGAGAACUGUAUUGACCGACUGAAGAUGAUGGAUGCCCAAGGUCAGGUGUGGGGACAAGGCAUGUUUUUGCAGGUGAAGGACCAGAAGUUGCUGCUGACAGACAUUGAGGCAGAGGAAGAACUGGACAGCUACUCCUUGGAUUGGAUCCAGGAUUGCGCCUGCUUCCUUGGUACCUGCAACUACAACUCCAUCUUGGCCAUCACCGUGAAAGAACCAGACUUGCGCAGGACUAGUAUCCUGCUCUUUCAGUGUGAAGAGAUUGGAGCUGAGCUGCUGAAAACUAAACUGGAGAGGAUAAUUGAGGAAUCACGUCAGAACCAUGACAUGCUCAGAAGCAACCUGGAAAACAUAUUGUAUCAACAGAACCAAGCAUCAUUUAAAGGCAAAGCUCUGAGGGCUCCUUAUCCAACUUCCCCAACAGAAGCACAUCCCCAGAGGCAGGAACAGCAUCCUUGGAAAGAUAACUCAUUCUACAUGGACCACAAUACUGGAGUCAAUGGACAGCAGAAACAAAAAGAUGAGAGAGCAUGGGAAGAUCCUUGGUCUCCUCUGAUGAUGCAGGACAUCGACAGAAAUAUUGAGAUUCUCAACCAUGUCUUGAAUGAUAUUGAAAUCUUUACAGAGAAGCUGAAGAAGUCAAGUAGUUCCCUGAAAGAUAAGAAGAAAAAGUUGAAGAAAAAGAAAAAUGAAAUGAACACAGCAUUUCCUCCAAAGCCUGAGUAUGUAGACUGUUUCCAGAAGAUCAAGUAUAGCUUCAAUUUACUGGGGAAGCUGGAACCAGCCAUGAAUCAACCCAGUGCUCCAGAGCUGGUUCAACUCAUCUUUUCAACUUUAUCAUCUAUUUUGUCCUGUUGUCCCUGGGGAAAUCUGGCCUCAACAAUAGUCUCACCUCUGCUGAAUCCUGCAGGUAUUGACCUGCUUAAGCGCACCCUGAAUUAUGAUGAACAGCUUAUUUGGAAGAAUUUGGGACCUGCUUGGAAUCUGACCAGGGAGGAGUUUCCAGAGGGACAGUCCGUUCCCCCUUACAAACCCACAUUCUCAGAUGGAAGGGAGCCACCCAUGCCUACUCAGAGGCAGGGCACCAUGGAUUUUGAUAAGACCCAGAAUGGAAACAAGAAUGACUUCUCAGACAGGGUGUCUAAUCCUCCCCAGGUCAUGCAAGCCAUGUAUGAGUUCCAUGCAAGAAACUCCAGGGAGCUUAAUGUAACCAAAGGAGAUCUAUUAGAGGUUUUAGAUCAACGGAAAAAAUGGUGGCUUGCCAGAAAUUCUGCAGGGGAGAAGGGUUAUAUUCCUAACAACAUUCUGGAACCAAUAGAUCAGACGGCACCUAAGGGAAAUUACACAGAGCAAGUCUCAAGAGACUCUUCUGACCUUCACCCACGUUCCUCACCAGCAGAAGUCACUGUUUGGCUCAGGACAAAAGGCUUCUCUAAGAUCACAGUUAAAUCUCUUGGCAUCCUUAAUGGACUGCAACUGCUAUCAAUGACCCAAGAAGAACUGAAAGCAGUCUGCCCAGAAGAAGGGAGACGUGUUUUCCUCAAACUUCGGCAGUUAAAUCAACAGUAAAGCAAGACCCACGGAAGUAAAAUUCUUCAGCAGUCUUCGGCCACUGCAUAGUUCACUUCUAAGAGAGUCUCUGCUAUCAGUAAUGGUUUGCUUUUCCAGCACUUAACUUUGGAAGCUUAUUCUUCUGUUAAUAUGACCUUUAUUAUACAGGAUGU